GAUUUGGGUGAGUAAAAAGAAAUAUCUGCCAUUGCUUUAAGAUUUAUCCUGAGGUAAGUGGUUAAUAACUUUAGUUAUUAGUAAACAGAACUCACGAGCACAGCGCGCUAGACGUGAUGCGGUAUGCUGACUCCAGAGCGUGUCCCGAACGCGCUGCCUCAUAAUAUCCUUUAUGGGUGAAAAUGCUGCCGAACAAGGGAGUCAUUGCCUUUGAAGGCAAUGACUACCUAGGCAGCUGUCUUCGGAUUUGACCGCAUCUUAUAUCUUAACAAAAUGCAAUAAUGCAAACACUGUAUGUAAAAUGCCAUUGUUUACAAUGCACUUAUAGCUAACCGGAAAUGAAAAUGCCGGUAUAGAUGAAGGCGAAAGUCUUCGUAGAGACUAUUACAGUAUAUUAAAAAAAAAACGUGAUUGAGAGUUGUCUGUUUUGCCAUUGAAACCCAUGGGGAUGGGUGGAGUUACACAGCUUUCUGCAGCCGAACAGCAGGGGGCACCCGACCUGUGGUGGCUUCACUUUUGAGAGAUGAUGCUCUGUCCAGCUAUACACAGUCUAUGGUUUAACUGAUUUAGGCAGUUCUGUUCAGUUAAAUGACUUGCUUUUAUUUUAAUAUUCACUGGCAUUUUUGUCUUUUCCAGAAAUGAAAAUAUUCUCCUGAAAUUCACCACCAACAACCAGGAUAUUUAUCAAAAGAUCAAAGUUAAACUGCUGAAAGAGGGGAAGCACAAGCCAUCCUGAAGAAUCUGGAGAACACACAAAAAUAGUUUGCUACAUUUAACAGACAAAUAAAGCCAAGUCCCGACAUGGAGAAACAUCAGCACUCUGUCAAGAGUUUUACUAAACAGAGUGAUCUCAAAAAUCACCAGCGCAUUCACACAGGAGAGAAACCGUAUCACUGCUCAGACUGUGGGAAGAGUUUUAAUCGAAAGAGUCAUCUCCAACAACACCAGCGCAUUCACACAGGAGAGAAACCAUAUCACUGCUCAGACUGUGGGAAGAAUUUUAAUCAACAGAGUACUCUCAAAACACAUCAGCGCAUCCACACAGGAGAGAAACCGUAUCACUGCUCAGACUGUGGGAAGAGUUUUAAUCAUCAGGGUCAUCUCAAACUGCACCAGCGCAUUCACACAGGAGAGAAACCGUAUCACUGCUCAGACUGUGGGAAGAUUUUUACUACCCAGAGUGAACUUAAACAACACCAGCGUAUUCACACAGGAGAGAAACCGUACCACUGCUCAGACUGUGGGAAGAGUUUUAAUCAACAGGGUCAUCUCAAACUGCACCAGCGCAUUCACACAGGAGAGAAACCGUAUCACUGCUCAGACUGUGGGAAGAGUUUUACUACCCAGAGUGAACUUAAACGACACCAGCGCAUUCACACAGGAGAGAAACCAUAUUACUGCUCAGACUGUGGGAAGAGUUUUAAUCAACAGAGUACUCUCAAAACACACCAGCGCAUUCACACAGGAGAGAAACCGUAUCGUUGAUCAGACUGUGGGAGGAGUUUUACAGCACAGAGUGAUCUCAAAAAACACCAACGCAUUCACACAGGAGAGAAACCGUAUCACUGCUCAGACUGUGGGAAGAGUUUUACUGAACAGAGUAGUCUCAAAAACCAUCAGCAUAUUCACACUGGAGUAAAACCAUAUUACUGCUCAGACUGUGGGAAGAGUUUUACUACACAGAGUAAUCUCAAAAAUCACCAGCGCAUUCACACAGAAGAGAAACCGUAUCACUGUUCAGAUUGUGAGAAGAGUUUUGCUACACAGAGUCAACUUAAAAAUCAUCAGCGCAUUCACACAGGAGAGAAAACUGUCCCAAAUUUGUUCCACGGCAAUAAAAAGCGCAAAUCGUAAAUCUUUCAGACAGACCACCUUAUCCUACACAAAUGUUUCACUUUGUCACUUGGGACACGUUCCACCAGAAAUAAACAUGAACUGAAUUUAACAACGGAUUUUACAGAUUCAGCAAAAUGAAUCUGAUCCAGAUGAUGUUUAUUGAAAUUAAUGUUAUGUUUUCUCGUAUGUUUGAUAUUCCAGGACAUUCUCUCGUUGAUGUACUUUUACUCUUUUCUAAUAUAUAUUUAUAUAUACAUAUAUGUAAUGCUGAAACUAUUUUUCCAGUAAACUUUCAUACAUUUUAUAUUCUAA